AUGGACGAUGAAGAAUUAGAGGAACAUGAUUAUGAAACCAUUAAGAUAUUGUUGAUGGCAACAGAAGCAAUAGCUCAAGUGCUCAAUGCUUUAACGGCUCUCAUACAUGAUGGUCAUAUUGAACGUUCAUUAGCUCGACGCCCAAUUUCUACAAUUGGGUACAAUUAUAUAAAUAAGGUACUGAAUGAGGAUCCUCAACACUUUCGACAGUUAUAUAGGAUGUACCCUGAUGUGUUUUUGAAGCUAUGUGGUAUUAUUAGAGAGAAAACGCAUUUGCAUGAUACAAGAUUUAUUUGUAUUGAAGAAAUGCUUGCAACAUUUUUACUCACUGUUGGUCAAAAUUCUCGAUAUUGUCAAACUCGUGACACAUUUGAGCGAUCACAUUUCACAACAAGCAAAAAUUUCAAUAAAGUUUUGAAGGCCUUAAACACAAUAGCCCCAGAGAUGAUGGUCAAACCUGGAUCCACAGUGCCAGCUAAAAUAAGAGAAAGUACAAGGUUUUACCCUUAUUUUAAGGGUUGCAUUGGAGCUAUUGAUGGCACACAUAUACCAGCAAUGGUGACAGGGCGCGAAGUAAGUAGUUAUCGUGAUCGUCACGGUAAAAUAUCACAAAACGUGCUAGCUGCUUGUAACUUUGAUUUGGAAUUCAUAUACGUUCUUAGCGGAUGGGAGGGUUCAGCUCAUGAUUCCAAAGUGUUAAAUGAUUCUUUAUCAAGGAGGAAUGGACUUAAAGUGCCACCAGGUCGUGAUCCUGAAAAUGCAGCUGAGUUGUUCAAUCUUAGACAUGCUUCCUUAAGAAACGUAAUAGAGAGAAUAUUCGGUAUAUUUAAAUCACGAUUCACAAUUUUUAAGUCUGCCCCUCCAUUUCCAUAUGAGACACAAGCAGAGUUGGUCUUAGCUUGUGCAGGGUUGCACAAUUUUCUCCGCAAGGAGUGUCGUUCUGAUGAAUUUCCUAUUGAAGAAAACAACGAGCAUUCAGCGUCGUCAUCAUCACCAGAAACUGAGGGAAAUAAUUAUGACCAAGUUUUUCAAACCCAAGAACAACAACGCGAGAAUGCUAACCAAUGGAGGGUUGGGAUAUCUUCAGUUAUGUGGAGAAAUGCUAUGAAUGAAGGGAGUCAAAGAUGA